CAAAAAGAAAAAAAUUUUAAUGAAUUAAAAUAAAGAUUAAAAAAAAUCAUGUUCAGUUCAAAAGGAUGUUUAAAUCAUCUUACAAAAGAAGAAAUUAUGGUAUAUACAUUUCGUGCUUAUGUAUCACCAAUAUUAGUUAUUAUUGGUAUUCCAUCAAAUCUUUUGGUGAUACUUGUAUUUAUUAUAAUUGAAUAUCAAAAAACUUGUCGUUUUAAUUUAUAUGCAAUAUGGAUGUCUAUUGCUCAUAAUAUACAAUUAAUUGUUAAUACAUUAAUUGAUGAUUUUUUAGGUCGUGGAUUAAAAUAUGCAACACAAUGUAAAUAUUCAAUACAAGUUGAUAUAGAAUCAUCAUUUCUAUGUAAAACAUUUACUUAUUUAACUGAUGCUUCAGCAUUAAUUGCUGCAUUUAUAUUAAUGUUAUUUAGUGUUGAUCGUGUUUGUUCAAUUUAUAAUCCAAAACAUUUUGAACAAAGUUCUCAUGUUAAAUUAGCGCAUAUUAUUAUUGGUUUUGUUAUAAUUAUUUGUUUAAUAUUAAAUAUACCACAUUUAAUAUUUGCUGAUUUAAAAAUUCAUCCAAUAAAUAAUUCACAUGAAUGUCAAUAUAUUAAUCCUGUUGCUGGUGGUGUAAAAUAUGUUCUUUAUUUAUAUAUUAUUGGUGUAGCUAUACUUCCAGCUAUAUUCAUUUUUAUUACAAAUAUUUUAAUAUUAUAUAAAUUGAGUACAACAGUUUAUCGAUCAAAAUUAAUUGGUACUAAAGAUGAUGAAUCAAAUAAUGAAAGGGGUAAAGUAAUAGCACAUUUAGCUAUUAGUAUUCUAUUCACAAGUUUAUCUAUACCAUUAGUGGUAAUUAUUAUUUUAAGACAACAAGUAUAUUUUUACAAAUAUGAUAUAUUAUAUCCAGAAUAUACUAAACAAAUUGUACAAUAUUCAAAAUUAUUUAGUUCAGUUGAUUCAUUUAAUCAUGCUUUUGAUUUUUUCUUAUAUUUAGCAUUUAUGCCAACAUUUCGGCGUACAUUAAUGGAUAUAUUUAAAUGUAGAAUAUUUUUACGUAAUGAUCAUUCAAAUAAGAAACAUCAUCAAGAUAAUCAUAUUAAUGAUAAAUGUGAACAACAAUAUUUACAUCAUUCAGAACAAGAAAUCAAUAUUCCAUUUACUGAUCAAGAGACAAUGUCACUUUAUUCAAAUAAAUUAAUUUGUGUUGAAGAUUUUUAUUUAAAUUCGAACAGUUUAAAUUAUAGUACAGAUCCUAUACCGUUUAUUGAUCAAUAUGUGAAUUAUUCACCGGAACAUUAUACAAUUAAAACAUUAUGACAAAAUGUUAUCUUGACAGGGUUUUUUUUGUGAUUAAAUGUUGAGCCAAUUUUUUUUAAAAAAAAACAACUUAUUAUAACAUUAUCAUCACAAUUUAACUGUCAAUCAUUCUCAUUGUAAAAAGUGGUUAUCCAUACAUAUAAACAUAUUUUGAAUUUAUUCAAAUUCAAUUAACAUUCCUUUAUUUUUAUCUAGGAAAUGAAUUGAAUCAACUUUAUAGAAAUGUAUAUUGUAUCAAAAUGGGCAAUAUAAAUGUUUUUUUUUUGUCAAAAAAGAAAAGAAAAGAAGAAGAAAGAAAUGCGAUUUUGUUUCAUUUUUCUUAUGAAUUACAUUAUUCUAACGAUAAUAAUCAAACAAAC